AUGGGUACCGCAAAGAAAGAAGGCGCCAGGAAGAUUCGUCAGGGCAAGGCUGACGAUGGCAUGGCCAAUGUCAAAGUCAAGGGCGAGAAUUUCUAUCGCUCCGCGAAGAAAGUGAAGACCUUGAAUAUGUUCAAGGAUGGAAAGGCACGAAGAAACGCAGCUGGUGAUGUUACCAUAGCUGCUUCCUUCCAAAGUCGGCAAGUACCUCAAGCACGAGUCGAGCCGAACAGAAAAUGGUUCACCAACUCCCGAGUUAUUGGCCAAGAUGCGCUCAACUCUUUCAGAGAAGCUAUGGCGGAACGAGCUUCGGACCCAUACUCUGUGUUAUUGAAGAGCAACAAGUUGCCUAUGAGCUUGAUCCGUGAUGGCGAGGGUAAGAAUGGGAUCAAGCAACACAAAGCAAAGAUGACCGUGGAAGCAUCACCGUUCGGAGAAGUGUUUGGUCCCAAGGCUCAGAGGAAGCGUGUCAGACUCGACGUUAGCUCGUUAGAAGAUCUCGCAGACGAUAGCCUUAAGUCCCACGACACAUACUUGGAUCGCCUUGAACAAGCUAAACUCUUGAGUGGGACAUCUGGUGACGCAGAAGCAGUUGGUGAAGCAGGUGUCAUAGAUAAUGGCUAUGUUUCAAGUGCCCGUGAGGCUAUCUUCAAUAAAGGGCAAAGCAAGCGGAUCUGGAACGAACUCUACAAGGUCAUUGACUCUUCCGAUGUGGUUAUCCAUGUUCUUGAUGCUAGAGAUCCCUUGGGAACGAGAUGUCGAAGUGUUGAGAAGUACAUCAAGGAGGAGGCACCACACAAGCACUUGAUAUUCGUCUUGAACAAGUGCGAUCUGGUACCUACCGGUGUUGCUGCUUCUUGGGUUCGCUAUCUAUCCAAAGAUUACCCCACCCUCGCAUUCCACGCAUCCAUCACAAAUUCCUUUGGCAAAGGCUCUCUCAUUCAACUCCUUCGCCAAUUUUCUUCCCUGCAUUCAGACCGCAAGCAGAUCUCUGUCGGCUUCAUCGGCUACCCUAAUACUGGAAAAUCCUCAAUCAUCAACACCCUUAGAAAGAAGAAAGUUUGUACAGUGGCACCAAUCCCUGGAGAAACCAAGAUCUGGCAAUACAUCACACUCAUGAAGCGAAUCUAUCUCAUCGACUGUCCUGGUGUGGUUCCGCCCAGCGUAACGGAUACACCACAGGAUAUUCUGCUACGAGGUGUAGUCCGAGUUGAGAACGUUGAGAAUCCAGAACAAUACAUCCCAGCUGUUCUUACAAAGACCAAACCACAACACAUUGAAAGGACAUACCAAAUCAAGGGAUACAAUGAUCACAUUGAGUUCUUAGAAUUGUUGGCAAGAAAGGGAGGAAGAUUACUUCAUGGUGGAGAGCCAGAUGUUGAUGGUGUUGCGAAGAUGGUAUUGAAUGAUUUUCUUCGUGGAAAGAUCCCUUGGUUCACACCUCCACCACUCCUAGAAGGAGCCGAAAGUAAGGAGGCAGGUGUUGAAGGUCGAUCCGGCAGACUCGGAGAGAUGGGCAAGAAGCGAAAGCGAGACGAUGAAUCAGUGGCAGAUACGUCUGUCAUGGAUGCCACUUCAACUGUUGCCGAGGAAGAAGAUGACAGCUUCGAAGGAUUUGGCAGUGAUAGUGAAGACGGGGCCAAUAUUGAUCUCGUCGAUGCCGUCGAUGCAGCAUUUGGAGCUGAUUCUGAUGAUGAAGACAGCGAAGUUGGUUCAGAUCAAGAAGAAGCAGAUUCAUCGAACGAGGCGGAUGCCGCUGGGGAGCAAUUACAAGAAGAGCUGCAUCAUGAUGUUGAUGAUUCGAUAGAGAAGCGGCCGAAGAAGAAACGCCAAAAGUAG